GUGUGUGCAAACUUCAAUGGCGACCAGUUCAUUACUCUCAGCUGUCACAAGAAGGCUAGAGGGAAAAGUGGCAUUAAUAACCGGAGGAGCCAGCGGCAUCGGUGAAUGCACCGCCAAAGUCUUCGCCCAUCAUGGAGCCAAAGUCGUAAUCGCCGACAUCCAAGAUGAUCUGGGCCAUGCAGUCAUCGAGGCUUUGGGGCCAUCAAACUCCCUCUACGUCCACUGCGAUGUCACCGACGAAUCCCACAUAAAAAACGCAGUGGAGAAAGCCGUCGCAUCCUAUGGAAAGCUCGACAUAAUGUUCAACAAUGCCGGCAUAGCUGACGAAAACAAGGCACGCAUCAUCGACAACGAAAAGUCAGAUUUCGAGCGCGUUCUCAGCGUCAACGUCACUGGCGUCUUCCUUGGCAUUAAGCAUGCAUCUCAGGCCAUGAUUCCGGCCCGUACCGGCAGCAUUAUAUCAACGGCUAGCAUAAGCUCGUACGUAGGAGGUGCAGCUUCACAUGCGUAUGCUUGCUCAAAGCACGCAGUCUUGGGGCUUACGAAAAAUGCGGCGGUUGAGCUUGGGCAAUUUGGCAUUAGGGUUAAUUGCUUAUCUCCCUAUGCUCUUGCAACGCCUUUAGCAAGGAAAUUUGUUGGGCUUGAUGAUGAGGGGUUUGAGAAUGUGAUGAACUCACUUGCUAACCUGAAGGGUGUGACCCUUAAAGCAGAAGAUGUUGCCAAUGCUGCUCUUUAUUUAGCUAGCAGUGAAUCCAAGUAUGUGAGUGGACACAAUCUCCUCAUAGAUGGCGGCUUCAGCAUUCUUAAUUCUGCUUUUCAGAUGUUUCAGUACCCAGAUUCUUGAUCUAUCUUUGUUAAUGUGUUUUUCGUUUGAGAAUGUAU